CGGCUAAAAUUAAAGAAAAGUUUGCAGCUUCAAUAGAUUCAGCGCUAGAAAAAGUAGGAAAUAGCGAAGAAAAAGUUGGAAUUAUAAAAACGGAUGGGGGUGCUAUCGACGGGACAGCUAGUAAUAAAAAGAGAGGAAAUAAUAGAACGAAGAAUGGCCCUUUAAAAUCAACUGAUUUAAUGAAGGAAUUGGAAGAAUUGGGUGAUUAUGAGGAAAAUAAGGAAGUUAAGGAAAGUGAAAAGGUUUCUGGAUCUGUAAUUGCUGAAGUUUUGGAACCUCACCAGCCAAGGACUACCGUUACAGAGAAAUUGCCGGACUUACCACCUAAAAAUUUUUCUGAAUUUCCACCACCACCAGCUAACCAACUUUGGAGUUUUAAAAUUAAACCUAGCUCUCUUAAGCAACCGGCAGCCUUGGAAUUUUCACAAGGGAAUGGAAGUAAGAAGGUGGACGUGGAUUUAAAUGGUAGAUUUGCAUCUGGAGAAGAAAUCGACUCCAUUGUUGACCGUCUCUUUACCAACAAAGAAUUGCUUCGUUCUUUUGUUGUAUCAAUUAAAGAUUUAAAAAAUAAAAACAAUGGAACCAGUAAACCCUCAAAAAAUAAUCCAACAAUUAUUUCCUCAACAGAAUACCCAGAACAAUGCUCUACUCCUCCCAAAUUUAUCCCCUGUGUUCCUCUUGAAAAAGCAAAUAUUCAAUUACAUUCUUGUUGUGUUAAAAGAUUAAUGCCUGUUGGAUGUCUUCCUUUGUGUAGAUAUGAUACUAGUAGAGAUGAAAUUAAAAUGGCCUUUGAAAAGGGGCAAUGUGGGAUUUUAAAUAUUAGUCCUGUAUGUUUUUUAAUUUAUUUUUAUUUUACUAAAUUUCUAAAAAAAACUUUUCCGGGGAUGUUGGCUGUUUCUAAGGUAUAUUCCUGGGUUUAUAACUUCUUUGGUUUUUCUAUUUUUGGUCAGGGAUAA